AUGAUAUAUUUUAAAAAAUUUUUUCUAUAUUCAAUAAUUUACAUAUUAUGUGUAUCUUCUUAUAAAAUCAGUUCAAAUAACUUUACUUCUAAUGAAAAGAUUAUAGAAAAAAGAAAUGCAAAAAGAUCAAUAGAAGAAAUAAGUAAUUUUAAAUAUGAUAAUGAAGUAAUGGAUGAUUUAUCUUCACAUGACAGACAAAAAAGAAAUAUAAAAAUAAAACCAAGAAAGCAUAAUUGGACUUUACCAAUACACUUUGGUAUCAAUUUUCCUUUAGAUCGUUAUCUGAUAAAAAGAGUACUAAAAAUUGUUGAAGCAUCAACAUGUAUAAGAUUUAAUUGUGUGUAUAAAUUGAGUACUUCUCCAUUUGGUAUUCAAUUUAUUUCUUCAAAUGAUUGUUAUUGUCCGAUAGGAAGAAUGUUUGAAAAAGGUUGGCAAAAUAUACAUAUUGGAAAGGAAUGUAAAACUACUACAGGAAUAUUACGUCUAAUAUUGCGUGCACUAGGAGUAAUUUAUGAACAUAAUCGGAUCGAUCGAAAUUUUUAUGUAAAAGUACAUCCAGAAAAUAUGCAUUUAACUGAUUUAACAAAUUUUAAAAAAUCAAGAACUACUCCAAUUAACAAUUUUUAUUUACCUUAUGAAUAUGGAUCUUUAAUGCAUUUUGGAAUGUAUGAUUAUAGUAAAAAUGGAGGUAAAACAAUAUCUCUAAAAGAUCGUCUUUAUGAAAGUACCGUAGGACAACAGGAAGAACUUACUUUUAAUGAUAUCAAAACAUUAAAUUUGCAUUAUUGUUCUAAUAUAUGUAAAAAUAAAAUAAUAUGUAAAAAUCAUGGAUAUCAAGAUCCUAAUCAUUGUGAUAGAUGUAAAUGUCCUAAUUCAUUUGAAGGUUUUCAAUGUGAACGUUACAAAACAUUUCGUGGAUGUGGUACGAUUGUAUGGACGGUUCGUAAACAACCUACAUUUUUUAAAUUUUAUGGAAAAAAAAAUUGUAUUUAUCAUUUAAAAACAAAUAGAUUAAAAAAAAUUAAAAUUGUUAUUUUAAAAGUUAAAACGCAAUCUUCAUAUUCUUUAACAUGUUCAGGAUAUAAUACACUUGAAGUAAAAUAUUGGAAGGACAAAACUGUAGUGGGUGCAAGAUUUUGUCAACAAAGAUUUCCUAAAUAUAUUAUAUCACAUAAUAAUUAUGUCAUUUUACAAUAUAAUAGUUGUUAUGAGUCUAGCUAUGUUCAUUUGUAUUUUAAAGAGGCAUUCUAA